CUUUAUAAAAAUUAACAAUAAUUAUUAAACAAAGAAAUUUAACGGAAUAUAAAAAUUGUUGUUAGUUUAAAAUUAUAAUAUAUGAUUAAAUUUGUUUAACAUUUUUUUUUAAAAUCCAGAGAAAUUUUGCAUUUCAGACGUAGUGAUAUUGAAUAAAUUGUAUAAAACUUAUAAAAAUUUUGAAGUUAAACUAAUUCUGAUUCCAAUUAUGUCGAAAGCUGUAAUUCAGCUUUCAAAUUUCUUGAAGAAAAAAAAGAAGGGAAUGUAUUGCACAAAUAAUACCAUGAUUUUGAGGCUAAUUGGUUUAUUUUUAAUCUGGAAAUAUUCGGUUCCAGAUACCAUAGCAAAUAAAAUAAGUGUAGCAACAGCUAGUUUUCAGGAACAAAUACGUACAAACAAUAGUGAAGACUAUGGUAUUCAAACAAUAUAUACAUCAUCCGCAAACAUACCAGUGAAUCAAAAUAAAUCAGUUAAUACCAUUGUGAAAGAUCAAAAAACUCAAUACUUUUUUAUUAUUUCUAAAAAAAAUGACACAGCUUUACCAAUGAAAAUAUUAACAACAAAGUUUAAGUCAAAACAUUCUAAAAAUUUGAGCCAAAAAAGUUAUGAAAAACAAAGUGGAAUUCAUGAUGAACGUUAUGACAAAAAUUCCUUAAUGCAAAAUCUCGACUCGAAAAUUCAAAACAACUAUUCUAAAACCAGUUUUAUUAAAAAUGAUAACAAUAAACAUGUUCUUUUUUUCGACCAGCAUCAAACAAAUCUUCAACCACAGCGUCGAAGUGAAACGAAUUUUGACUGCGUCAAAUGUCCUCCGGAAAAAAUAUUUAUCGCCCCAAAAGGAUUUGAUAGCGUCAUAGUUGAUCAGCCCAAAUUAUUUUCCUGCAAUAACAAAGCCAUUUUAAAUAAAGCUUAUUUUGUUGAAACUUUGUAUGGACCAAGAUUCAAAUUUUUAUUACCACAAGGUACUCACAGAAUAUAUGGGAGAAUUAAAAAUAAAAUGACUGAGAAAGCUGUACAAACAUGUAUGCUCCGGUAUAAAGUAGUUGUUAGACAAUGUGAAAAAAUUGUUUUGUCAUCAAAAAACAUAAAUGUGAACUGCGAUCUCGGCCAAAUAUGGGGGUCGAAAUGCACUUUUAUUUGCCACCGGGGAUACUUAAGCGUGAACACUUCCGUAAUUUGUAAUGACAGCUUGCAAUGGGAGGGUGAGCAACCAAAAUGUUUACUACAACCAUCAUCUAAGAAAAAUCAGUCUUGCAAUUUUCUACCUGUCCCCAAAUAUGCAAGGUUUUCCUGUCAAUAUCCAAACUACGCAAAGACACAUCACUUUGAAAAUCCUACGAUGAAAGCCCCAGCUGGAACAAUGUGCCAUAUCAAAUGUAAUCGAAAUUUUGAAAUUAUUCCAGAUUUAAAAUUUAGUGCUAAUUUGAAAUGUAUAGACGGUAAGUGGAAUGCAACUGUAUCAAAUAUAUGCCAACCCAAAGGAAUUGGUAACCUCUAAAAAUACGGUCCAUGGCCUCGCUCCAAAAUAAAAUAUAAAUUUUAAGUUCGCUGUUUCAAUUGUGUAAGAUCUUUGAUGGUCUAUGUAUUAAAUCUUCUAGAGAUAAAAUAUAUUAAAACUAAAAGAUGUUUUCAUCAUUGCAGAA